UCUCCUCACUCCCGACAUCCUCCCUACUCAAAACCUCCCUCACGUGCUUUUGCAGAGCCCCAUCACCACCAUGCCACCCCACAGAAGCUCCACUGUCCCAGUCACUAGCCACACUAGUCCCGUAGAUGUAAAGCCCAAGAUCGAACACGAUGCUAAACACACCCCGAAUGUAUGCCUUGCCUCCGACAUCGACAAGAAGCCUAGUCCCUCUGAGAUGCAGUACGACGCCACGCACCGCGAGCUCAAGGUCUUGCGAAAAGAGCGCGAGAAGUGGCGCAAGCAGAAGCAGGACCUCAAAGCUCAGCUGGAGACCCAUGAAAUGCUCUUGGAUCUCUACAGUGAUCAGAAUGCUACCUACCGCUCUCUCCUGGCCGAGGCUCGAGAUCGCCUGCAGAAAUUGACCAUCUACAAGGCUAGGGCCGCCAACAACCGCAAGAUGCUCGUGGAGAUGAAGAAGCACUUUGACAGCCUCACCAUCCCUGAAGAAGACGAGGGAGAACGCACUGAGGACCAUGAUGACGGCCUGAGUGAUGCAGAUGAUACAGGUGAGCACCAGUCCAUCCCUGCUAAAUCGUUUGAGUGA